AACGAGCCAGCGAGCCCGGUCUCCCGGAGUAGGUUAUUUUGAAACGGCGUAGAAAAGGUGGAGGAGGACGGUGGACGGAGUCGCAACUUUCUCUCUUUCUCACCAGCUUUCUGAGGAGUCGUCGCCUGGGGUUUAGCACGGCUGAAUGGACUUGAGUUUGUUCCUCAGCACGCAGCUGGAUACUACCUGUCCCUGGUCAGCUGAAGUUUUCGGCUGCUCUUUUUUGGGGAACCUUUUGUCUCUUAUGGACUUAACGCGUUUUGAUUUAAUGUGAGACUGAGGAGGGAGACGUGGAAGCAAGGCACAAUCUAAUCUGCUUUGGUUUACGUUGUCGCCAUGUCCAUGCUCCCGACGUUUGGGUUUACGCAGGAGCAAGUGGCGUGUGUGUGCGAAGUUCUCCAGCAAGGGGGGAACAUCGAGCGGCUGGGACGCUUCCUCUGGUCCCUCCCGGCGUGCGAGCACCUUCACAAAAACGAAAGCGUGCUCAAGGCGAAAGCCGUGGUCGCCUUUCACCGGGGGAACUUCCGAGAGCUCUACAAGAUUUUGGAGAGCCACCAGUUUUCGCCUCACAACCAUCCGAAGCUGCAGCAGCUGUGGCUCAAGGCGCAUUACAUCGAGGCAGAGAAGCUGAGAGGCCGUCCGCUCGGCGCCGUGGGGAAGUACCGCGUCCGGAGAAAGUUCCCGCUGCCCCGCUCCAUCUGGGACGGAGAGGAGACGAGCUACUGCUUCAAGGAGAAGAGCAGGAGCGUCCUGCGAGAGUGGUACACCCACAACCCUUAUCCGUCUCCGCGGGAAAAGAGAGAGCUGGCCGAGGCCACGGGACUCACCACGACGCAGGUCAGCAACUGGUUCAAAAACCGACGACAGAGAGACCGAGCUGCGGAGGCAAAGGAAAGAGAAAACAACGAGAACUCCAACGGCAAUAGUCACAACCCAUUGACUUCUUCCAUGAAUGGAAAUAAGACUCUAUUGGGGAGCUCGGACGACGAUAAAACACCAUCGGGGACGCCGGACCACACGUCUCAGAGCCCGGCCCUGCUCCUCAGCUCGAACACCGGUUUACAGUCCUUGCACGGCCUCGCGCCGCCGCCGGGACCCAGCGCCAUCCCGGUACCGAGCGGCGUAGACUCGGUGCACCACCACCACUCCUUGCACCACGACACCAUACUGAACUCUAUGUCUUCUAAUCUAGUGGACCUUGGCUCUUAAAACCGCGCACUUGAAUAAACUCCAGACCUUUUUUUCGUUUUUUUGGAAAAGUAAUUCAGCCUUGAAGGUGGCGUAAGACGAGCUCCAACCACUUGCGGAAAGGUACGGUGGUGAAUCCAGCCACCGUAACAAGUCAUUUAGUCUCAUUUUCAACAGUUAGACUCGUUUUUAUACAAGUGGGGGGGAAUUAUCCCCUAAAUAUAACUUCUGCUUGUUUCAAGGAUUUUCCAGAAACAAGCGUCCAAGCAGAGCACUUAAACAAAGUCUUCAGAAUUAAUAAAUAUCAAUCGCCAUGUUUUCACUUUCAUUGGCCCGUCAUGCAGAAUAUGCAGCUCCAAAGAUGAAUUUCUUUGAGAUCAUGUGACUUGUUAGGACGGAGCAUUUUUAAGCAGUGGUGGUGCAAACAAACGAUGAAGUGGAAUUAAGGUCGUUUUAGGUAAAAAAAAUAAAUAAAUAAAAAAACUUAAAAAAAAUGAAAUAUAAAAAUAAAAAGUCAAGAAAGAAAGAAGAAAAAUAAAAAAGUAUUUUACCGGAAUGUAAUAAUAACGCAACAUGUUAUACUGUUGAAAACAAUAACAAUAAAAUGUCUUAAUUCUUGUUAUUAUUAUUAUUACCGUUGUUAUUUUAGGGGUUUAGAUGUAUCCACAGACUCUAUAGGCACAGAGUUAAGGUACCCAUCGCUUUUUAUUUUAUUUUGUUUACACAGGGUUUUUCCAACAGAGCCAUAAAA